AUGUCUGUUGAAGAAUUGAAAAAUACUGUUGCCAAAUUACAAGAAAGAAUUCACACUUUAGAAUCUAAAGCUGGAAUUGUUCCUCAAGUACCAAAAUCAAUUAGAAUGGUUUUAAUUGGUCCUCCAGGUGCUGGUAAAGGUACUCAAGCUCCAAACUUGAAAGAGAAAUUCUGUGCUUGUCAUUUAGCUACCGGUGAUAUGUUAAGAGCUCAAGUUACUGCUAAAACUUCAUUAGGUUUAGAAGCUAAGAAAAUCAUGGAUCAAGGUGGUUUAGUUAGUGAUGAAAUUAUGGUUAACAUGAUUAAAUCAGAAUUAGAAAAUAACUCUGAAUGUAAAAAUGGUUUCAUUUUAGAUGGUUUCCCAAGAACUAUCCCUCAAGCUGAAAAAUUAGAUUCUAUGUUAUCAGCCAGAAAGACUCCUUUAGAAAAUGCUGUUGAAUUAAAAAUUGAUGAUGAAUUAUUAGUAGCUAGAAUCACUGGUAGAUUAGUUCACCCAUCUUCAGGAAGAUCAUACCAUAAAUUAUUCAACCCACCAAAAAGAGAAAUGACCGACGAUAUCACCGGUGAACCAUUAGUUCAAAGAUCAGAUGAUAACGAAGCUGCUUUAACCAAGAGAUUAGUUACUUAUCAUAAACAAACUGAACCAAUUGUUGAUUACUAUAAAAAAUCAGGUAUUUGGUCUGGUAUUGAUGCUUCCCAAAAACCAACCAAAGUUUGGGACGAUAUAUUAAAAUGUUUAGGUCAAAAAUAA